CAGUGCCCGAAACCUGCGUAAAGUACACAUGUGGUGCGCCGUCAGCCCCCACGUCAUCGACGUGCUCUGCGACAAAUGCCGGAGACUCGCAGAUCUCCGCCUGCACGCCGCCCAGAAGCUUGGCUAUUCGACGGUGAAGAACUCGGUCGAGCAGUGCUCCGGGAUACACGUGCUGACGGCACCCGAUGAGCUACUGAAGACCGAGAAAUUUUCAGAGGCGGUGUCGCGUCUGCAGCACCUCCGUGUGCUGUGUCUGCAAGAGAGAUACGUGGGGACGACUUGCGUCCUGCGUCCUUGUGUGCUGAGACCUUUGGGUGACGGGUGCCCCCGACUGGUCGAGAUUGACUUCGGACGUAUGUCUGUCGAUACGGAUGAUCUGAAGUACUUUCUGAAUGCCAAGAAGAACACCCUAAAGUGCUUACGAAUAAAGUGGUCGGUGGGUGGAACGAGGCACGUCAUACCGUUGCUGCCGGUAUAUGCCGACAGCUUGGAACGUCUGGAACUUUAUGAGUACGACAUAGUCCGCAACUCGGCCAGAGAGGCGUUCACUACCGUCGGAAGCUUGAAGCACUUGCGGGAACUCAGGAUGUCCGUCCCCGAUCGAAUACCGCCCGGAACAGCUGCUCUGGCUUUUACGAAUAGAGGACUGCCACAACUGAAAGUGCUGGAUCUACCACACGGAUACGGUGUGGAAGAUAACACAGUAAUUGCCAUCAGCCACGGAUGUCCCGGUUUGCGGCAGCUCUCCGUCACUCACGCUACGAAGCUGUCGCCUGCUGCCUUCUCGGAGAUCGACCGUCUAGAACAUCUUGAAAUACUAGAUGUGACAGGUUGUAGCAGACUCGGCGGAGGCCUAUUCCCCUGCCUCGUCGGGCUACCGCGACUUCACACGUUGCGAAUGGGUACCAUGUAUUUCGGUACCACGUAUUUUACAGAGUUGCAGCCAGGUGUGAGCAGCAUCCUCAAAUUGUCAGGUUUGCGCUGUCUGACAUUCGAUUAUUCGGAUGUUACUGGAGUGCCUUUUGAUAAGUUUCCGGAGAAUCUCAUCAGUCUCAGUUCCUUCAAGUAUUUCUUCCUCUGAUGGUCCCUCCUGCGACUUGCCUGGCCCGGACAAAACCACCGAGAAGUCAGUGUUGGGCUCUGGGGAUGGCAUCUGCUUCGUUUUACCUGUUCCACAUUCCCCAUCACCAAUCUUCUUACCGUACACAGUGUGAAGGACCGAUUCCGAUAGUCUUUUGGAGGUGUGGCCCGUGUGGUGCAAUCGGGCUGUCGAUGACAGUGUGGACUGAAGCCUACUGAGUUAUCUGUAAUGGAGGAGAGGAAGAAAGUCUUGAGGAUGCUUAGAACAGGUGAUUCUGGAGUGGAGAGGAGAAGUUGUUGGCUUUGUAGGAAGUGAAUAAGGGUGCAAACACUAAAGAGGUCGUAUGGAUAAAAAAGAGAACAUUCUUUGGAGAAGAUUUUCUGAGUGAAAGAACGUGCUCUGAGGAAGUUCUUUAUAUCGUAUGAACAAAAUGUUCAGAGCAUAUUUUCUGAUGAGGGAGUUCAUUCUCACUAUCUCGCCACCUGCUCGAAUCUGUUCUCCGCGUUGUGUUGUCUGCACCGGGCACAGAACGUACUCUUUAUCUUGCAUUUCGUUCAGCUUGCUGAAAUAUGCAAACUAUUCAGUGUACAAAUAUGGAACUGUAGCAUCACUGUGUUUGGGAAGAGUUGCAUAAAAUUUCAUUUUGUUUUCACUUUUUUGUGCGGCAACAGAUUAUUAAGAACAUUACGGAUGGUUUAUGAAAAUACAUUUUCUGAUAAUCUUGACAAAUUUUCGACAUGCAGGGAACUUUUUUUUAUUGAUGUUAGGUGAACGCAUUAUGCGAAUGAAAUUUUAACAAUACGUCACAUUAUCGUCUACUCCGGAUUGUAAAACGAGUGUGUUCUGACACGUGGUAAUCUCGAUUAAAUGGCACAUAAUACUCUGUUGGCACGUCAAGUACUUAAGUGGUCAUCUUGUGGUUUUGUUAUGAGAAACAGUUCACUAGGUUUGUAAUAAACCUGUUUUUAAUUUUUAUGAUUUGCCUACUUAUUUCUAGCAUAGCAAAAUGGAACAUCUGUGCUGUGCGAAAAUAUGAUGAACAUCUGAAAAGGUCAGUGACAUAUUUGUCUGGUUUGUACCUGGUCUUCCCAUACACCACUCGGGAAAACUUGGGUCUCAUAAAUAGCACAAAAAUGUUUUCAUUUUUUCUUCAUGAUAUUUGGGAAAUAAGUUCACCACCCUAAUAAUGUUUUUACUGUUAAACCCAUAUAAACUUACACAGUUACUCUACUCAAUAUGUCUUCGGGUUACGUAUAUCUUUCUUUUUCCAUCUGAGCAACAUAGAUUUAUUAAAUUUACUAAAAAAACUUGGUAAGACUUAAUGUCUGCAGAAUUUAAUCAGCCUGAUUUAUGUUACAGAGCUCAUAUCAAAAAGGGGUGAAUUUUCUCUGCUCGUGAGAAACUUCGCUGUGUUUAUUCGUAUGAAAUCGGAGAAUGUUCUUCAUGUUGAGCAAGGUUACCCACUCAUUUACUCAAGCUGAGAACACAGU